CAUAUUUGUAAAUGGACCACCACCACCAUCAAUACAAAGCAUCUUUUCUUCAAAACAUCCGCUUCCUAAGUGUAACGCUCAACUCGCCGCUCCUCUUAUUCUCCACUCCCUCUCUUCCCUCUACCUUCCCAACUUACUCUUCGCUUUACUCUCAGGACUCGAGGCUAACCAGUAUACUUUUGACGUUAAAAUGGCUGCUUCAUCAUCCCUUAUGUCACACUCUUUGCAAGCGCAUGAUUCGACUGAAACAGCAAUAAAAUGCUGUAAGGGGUAUAUGUAUGGUAAUUUACGUUCAUCGAAUUCUCGGAUUGGAUACUCCAGGUCCAAGUUCCUAACAAGUCCUAAGUUUUUGUAUAACAAGAAUUCAACAAAAUGGGAACAUAUUGAGAAAUGUCCAACGAGGAAUGAAAUCCGGUGCCGAGCUGUGGAAAUUGAGAAUUCCGUUUCUCCUUUUGUUAGCAAAAAGUUUGAGCUUGAUGAUGUGAUUGAAGCUCAACAAUUUGAUAGAGAGAUUCUCAACUAUAUUUUUGAAGUUGCACUUGAUAUGGAAAAGAUUGAAAAAAGUUCGUCUAAAAGCCAAAUGCUCAAGGGAUAUUUGAUGGCUACCCUGUUCUACGAGCCCUCAACUAGGACGAGGCUUUCGUUUGAAUCUGCCAUGAAAAGGUUAGGUGGGGAGGUAUUGACAACUGAAAAUGCACGGGAGUUUUCUUCAGCAGCCAAAGGAGAAACCCUUGAAGAUACCAUCAGAACUGUUGAGGGAUAUUCAGAUAUAAUUGUGAUGCGGCAUUUUGAAAGUGGCGCUGCGAAGAAAGCUGCUGCAACAGCUAGCAUUCCUAUUAUUAAUGCUGGUGAUGGUCCUGGACAGCAUCCAACUCAGGCUCUUCUAGAUGUAUAUACUAUCCAGAGAGAGAUAGGAAAACUUGAUGGAAUUAAAGUUGGGCUCGUGGGAGAUCUUGCUAAUGGUAGAACUGUACGGUCACUUGCAUAUUUGCUCGCCAAGUAUAAAGAUGUGAAAAUAUACUUUGUCUCUCCAGAUGUUGUAAAAAUGAAGGAUGAUAUAAAAGACUAUUUGACAUCACAAGAUGUGAAAUGGGAAGAAUGUGACAACUUGAUGGAAGUUGCAUCAGAGUGUGAUGUGGUAUAUCAAACUCGCAUUCAGCGGGAACGAUUUGGAGAGAGGAUUGAUGUUUAUGAACAAGCUAGAGGCAAGUACAUAGUGGAUAAAAAUGUGUUAAAAGUGAUGCAGAGACACGCUGUGGUCAUGCACCCCCUCCCUAGGCUUGAUGAGAUCACUGUUGAUGUAGAUGAGGAUCCAAGGGCUGCCUACUUCCGACAAGCAAAGAAUGGUCUCUAUAUACGUAUGGCCCUUGUGAAACUCUUGCUACUUGGUUGGUGAAGAAUGCCAUCUUUCUAAAUUUUGACAUCUUAAGCAUGCUUUAGUUUUAUAGGAUGAUUCUGUUUAAACAAAUUGCUAUGCUAGAACGUGGGUUGUACCAUGGGUUAUAAGUUUGCUACCAGGUGAAUGGUUUGAUCCUGUUUCCUAGGGAGAAAUGCAAAGUUCAAUUUGCUUCGUUGAAA